AUGGAGUAUGCAAGCUCCCGGGCCUUAACAAGAUGCCGCUUCAAUAUAAAUCCCCGGUCAGCUAUAGCUUCCCAACUACAAUACCCUAGACGGUCAAUAUCAGCAAUCAAUCCCAAACUUGUGGACGAAGCUCCAGAGUUAAAUAGCCUCAAUCAAAUACGCACACUCCCAUCAACAUCCAAUUCCAAGCGUGGCCCAGAUAAAGCUCCAGAGAUAAAUGGCGCCGACGAAGUACACUCAAUCCCAUCGAGACCACGCCCAGCUCGCCCAUCGGAGUACCUACCGCGAUCACCUCUUUUUGAAAAAAAGUAUGUCGAGCCCAAGCAGCGCAAAAAUCGGCCAGAUGCCACGUACCUCGAACCUCUAUCCGACAAUCCAUGGGCAUUGGCUCUCGCAACACCUGUACGUAUGUGUGCCUUGACAGGUACACGAAUGCCGCGCGCUCUACUAGGAGAAUGGGGCCUCGUGCGCAAACCCGAUACAGAGCAGAAUUAUGUCUUGCCCGUGGACCUGCUCAAAGAGGCGCUCCAACAGACCAAGGUCACGAGAGAGGCUGCAGCCGAAACACCGGAUGCUACGGAUAGACAGGACAAUGAAUCUUCAUCUUUAAAUGAUGUCCCAUCUGAUGAUAUCAUGGACUUGCUCAAAGAAUCGCCGGAACAGGGCGCAGCCAUACCAAAUGCAGCUAUACUUGAGCAGACUCAAGAAUCUACUCCAUCCAAUCGUACUGUGGGCCGCCAUGUUGUUUUUCGAAUGGUCAAUUUACUCCCAACAUUUCAACUGCUAUCUGAACCUCUUGCGUUUAAUACUAGCAGGAAGCCUGCUGUUUCCCGACUCAUACCUUUCCGAUGGAAGCAUCCACAAGGGCCCAUCACAGCAAGAGAGGAGAAGGAGAUGGUAUGGAUCGAGGAUAUGCCCGAAUACCUGCUCCAGAAAAUGAGGAAUGAUCUUGUGAAAAAGCUGAAACAAGCCUGCCAACCAACCUACGACCCCAGUGCACGGACCGACAGGAUCGAUUUCGAUAACAAGCUGGCAGAGGCUUGGAAAAAGUCCCACGAGCCCGGUUCAUGGAACGGAGUAUGGACCAUUCUUGAAGCGCAGCGAAACCCAGGUGUAAUGCCUGCGAAGUUUUUAAAAGAUAUGCGGUCGAUUGAUGAUAUGGCGUGUGGGGCCGUGCUUCUCCUUGGUCGAUCUCAACCUAGCAGUAUCACCGAUGAAACAAUUACACAUCCACAGACUCAGACUCAAGUUCCAGUGUUUGAUCUGUCUGCAAUGCUAGGGGAGGCUGACUUGACACGGCUUCGUGAAACAGAACCUCUACAUUUCGAAAAUGAGUCUUUAUUUUUCAGGCCGGUUGAUCCAGUUGGUCAUGAGGCUAUGUUGGUAUUGUGGAAAUUGCAACGAUUCCUAACUAAAGACCUAAAGCUUGCAGAGAUAGAGGCUGAGUGGUAA